AUGGCUGUGCCACAGCUGCCGCUCCUUUGGCGUUCGAUUCUUGUCUUGUAUGCCGCAUUGUGUACCACCUCCACAGCUGCCGCCGAAACAUCACAAACACCACUGUCACAAGCUGGUUACAAAGUUGGCCAAACCAUCCCCGUGAGCUGUCUGAACAGGACGACUGACACUGGCGAACACAUUACCGAUGCUUCAGGAGAGCUCCUCUAUACGCCCUUUCCGAUAUGCAACGAGACAGGCAAGCCUCUCGAACUGAUCUUCGGCGUGGAGAAAGACAUCAACUGUACAAUCGACUUCGUAGACGACCCAUUCUUCCACCUACUGGAGUUCUAUGUACAUAAUGACGCUCCAUUGACCUGCCGCAUACCAACCAAACCAUUACCACCCUCGCCAUCGAAAGAGGAGUUUGAGAAGGGUACCACGGAUUUGACAGAAGGUCAGGGCAGUCUGUCAGAUGUCUACACGCCUAUGGUGGUCGCGCUGGCAGGGACCUUACAAUUGAGCCAUCUGCAUGUGAGCACGAGUCUGAAUGUGCUGGUUCAUGCAGCACCAAAGAGUGUUGCGCCUGGUACGAUUGCGGCAGCAACGGCAUACAGUAUAUCACGAGAGCCGCCGACGAGGAUAGUCAUCGGUGACAGCUUGCCAUUGAGGUUCAGCGUGCGAUGGUAUCCGAAUACGAGCCUACCAUCUGGCUGGACAGGCGUUGGUGGGCAUUUGACAUUCAGUACGCUGGUCUACUGCUUGAUCUCUGCUGGUGCUUCGGCAGCCAUAUGCUUGGCUUAUUUCAGAGGCGUGGAGUUGCCGCGAAGGCUGAAAUCACACGGCAAGGAUCGAGUUGGUGGCAUUGAAAGAGGAGGAGGGCUGGGAGGGUAUGGAAUCAGCAACGGUUACUACGGACCUGGGAAGCGGGACUAG